CUGACAGGCACCCAUAACCCUGAUCCUGGCCUGUCUCACAACUCAUCUAAUGUGAAACACAGAGUGUGUGUCUGAACAACUCAAAGCAACUCAUCGGCUGGUGUCCUCUUGUCUCAUCUGUUUCAACAUUAAGACUCCAGUUAUCAAGGAUUACCAUGGAGAGUGGACAACUGACUGAAGACAUUAAAAAAGCACUAGAAAAUAAUGAUCAGGCCUUAGCUGUAAAAAGGAUACAGGAGUAUUUGGACAAGGAGAAUAAUACUCCAAUAACAGGCUCUGGUAAAUCCACCUUCGUUAAUGUUUUCAGAGGCAUAAAUAACGGGGAUGAGGGAGCUGCUCCUAUUGGUCCUGUAGAAACCACCACAGAGGCUACACCAUACCCCCAUCCCAACUUUCCCAAUGUCACACUAUGGGAUCUUCCUGGUAUUGGCACUUCCAAAUUUUCAGCUGAACUGAAGCUUGUUGGAUUUGAAAGGUUUGACUUCUUCAUCAUCAUCUCAGCCACUCGCUUCACAGAAAAUGACGUGAAGCUCGCUAAGGAGAUUCAGAGGAUGCAUAAAAAGUUCUACUUUGUUCGUUCAAAGAUUGACAGUGACUUAAGAAAUGAGGAAAUAAGUCAGAGGUCAAGGUUCAAUGCAGAAAUGACUCUUCAACAAAUCAGGGACAACUGCAUUCAGGGUCUUCAAAGACAAGGUGUUGAGUCUCCUCAAGUCUUCCUGGUGUCCAGCUUUGAUCUCCACCUGUGUGACUUCACUCUCUUAGGGGACACCUUUGAGAGAGAACUUCCUGCACACAAGAGGCAUGCUCUGCUGCUGGCCAUGCCCAACAUCAGCCUGGAGGUCAUCGACAAGAAGAAAAAGGCUUUCCAGUCCAAAAUAAAAUACUUUGCUACACUUAGUGCAGGUGUAGCAGCUGUACCAGUUCCUGGGCUUUCUGCUGCAGUUGAUGUGAGUCUGUUGGUUUCUGUUGUUACACAAUACGUAUUUGGGUUUGGGCUUGAUAAACCGUCACUGCGGAGACUCGCUGAAAGUACACGUGCCAUUGGAUGAGCUGAUUGCCAUCAUAGUUUCACCACUGGCUGCAGUUAAAAUAACCCCUGUUCUUGUGUUGAAGUCGCUUGUUCAGUGUGCAGGCCUAGUUGCAUUAAUGACAGCAGAGGAAGGGUCCAGAUUUAUUCCAAUAUUGGGA